AUGUCCUGUCUACUUUCCUUCGCACUGUUGGCUGGUAUUGCCAGUGCCAUCAAUCUCAAUGUCUCAGCUACUGGGGGCAAUGCCUCUUCCCCCCUUACAUAUGGCCUCAUGUUUGAGGAUAUCAACCACUCUGGAGAUGGUGGAAUCUACGCAGAGUUGAUUCAGAACCGAGCCUUUCAGGGAAGCCUGGAGUAUCCGUCAACACUUACGCCAUGGGUCUCAAUUGGUGAUGCAAUUUUGACUCUCCAGAACACCUCGGUACCUCUAUCAAAAUCUCUUCCCACGUCAAUCAAUGUUGCCUCGAACUCGACAAAUGGCACAAUUGGUCUCCUCAAUCCAGGAUGGUGGGGCAUUGAUGUGAAACCGCAAAAGUAUACUGGUAGCUUCUGGGCGUUGGGAUCAUAUAAAGGGAAGUUCACCGUCAAACUGCAAUCGGACCUUACAGAUGAGGUCUUUGCUAGUCUGGAUAUUCCUUCUUCUGCAACCCCGGAGAAGUGGACAGAACACAAGUUUGAGUUAGAGCCCAGGAUCGCUGCACCAAAUAGCAAUAACACCUUUGUUCUUGAAUUCGAUUCCAAAGCUGGGUCCUUGAACUUCAAUCUCAUCAGCUUGUUUCCUCCAACCUACAACAAUCGGCCUAAUGGUAACAGACCAGAUCUGAUGGAAGCAUUGAAAGACCUCGGGGGAAGCUUUUAUAGGAUCCCUGGCGGAAACAACAUCGAAGGAGACGCCUACCACCACCCUUGGCUUUGGAACGAGACAAUUGGACCGCUCACUGAGCGCCCAGGCCGUCCGGGAACAUGGGGCUAUCAGAAUACAGAUGGUCUUGGCCUCGUAGAAUACCUUAAUUGGUGCACUGAUAUUUCCGUCACUCCCAUUCUCGCCGUCUGGAGUGGCAUGUAUUUAGGUAAUGAGGUCGAUCACAUCCUUACCGCUAGCGAACUCGAGCCUUGGGUUCAAUAUGCGCUGGACGAACUAGAAUUCAUCCUCGGACCUUCCCACUCAACGCACGGCGCCCUCCGAGCCCAAUUGGGACAUCCAGAACCUUGGGAGCUGAAGUAUGUUGAAAUAGGGAACGAAGACGACUUGUACGAUAAUGGCGCUGAGACAUAUUCCGCGUACCGAUUUUCCAUGUUCUAUGAGGCUAUUUCCGCUUCUUACCCAGAUCUUAUCCUUAUUUCCUCGACCGGUGAUUAUACAGCUGUAGGAGGAAGCAAUACCUCUAAUCCAUCUGCUACGGACUAUCACACCUACAGCCGUCCCGACUACUUCGUAUCCCAAUUCGGUCAUUUCGACAAUGCCUCACGCGAGUAUAAAUCUUUAAUUGGCGAAUACGCCUGCGUCCAAGGAAAUGUCUACAACCAAGUUGUGGGCGUAGACUGGGAUGCUCCAAAACUGCCGUGGAAUCCGUGGGUCGGGAGUGUGAGUGAAGCUAUCUUCAGUCUCGGUGCAGAGAGGAAUGGAGAUGCGAUUAUUGGCAUGAGCUACGCGCCGGGUUUCCAGAAUCUCAAUUCUUAUGAAUGGACCCCUAAUCUCAUAGCUUUCACAGCAGACCCGAGCCAGACGAUUAAAAGCACAUCUCAUCACGUCAUUGAACUUCUUUCCAACAACCGCUAUAACGCCACUGUCCCUGUAACCACAGACUCAGAUUACGGCCCCGCAUAUUGGGUAGCAGGCGUUUCUGAACCAGGCCACUACACAUUCAAAGCCGCAAUCUACAAUUCCACCUCCACCGUUCCAUUCUCCAUCUCCUUCGAAGGACUAAGUGAAGGAGUAAAAGGCACGUUGAGCGUACUGAACGCACCGGAUGGGCUGAGUAGCAAUACUCUUGAAAAUGGGGUGGUGAGUGAUGUGGUGAGGAAGACUGUUACUACGCUUGCUGCGGGAAGUGGUGGAGUAUUCCAGUUUGAGUUGGACAACUAUGAUGUUGCUGUACUCACUACAUAG